GAUUGUUGCCUAACAAGGCCACAAUGAUGGUAUGGAGGCACUUAUAGCCAAACUCGCUGUUUAUGAUUGGACAGAUGUAAGAGGAUUUUUCUCUUCGCUCCUUGUUAACGUAAAUGUUUUGCUGAAAAACACCAAUGGAUUGGUUUUUGUCCUUACAAUAGUUUUAUCAACAUUUAUAACUAUAUACAUAUGGAAAAUCGGACCAAAGGAGUUAAGUAAACGAAAGAAAAAUGUUCGGGAAAUAGACAGUUGUAGUGACCAUGAAUCUGCAGACAUCGAACAUCUGCAUAGGCUAUAUAAAUCAAAUAACUUAACUGCAUCCAUACUAUGUAAUGCUUGGUUGUUCAAAGUCAAUGAUUGCAUCAAUAACUCUUUGGAAAAAGAAAGUGUACAUUUUAAUCCAUUUUCUGAAUGCACUUUGUCAGACGUUAAAACUUCGUCUUUCGAAGUGCAUCGAGAAGAAUCCUCUGAAAAUCUGACUUUAUACUUUUCUGUUUCAAUACCUAUGUUGUACAUGCAUGGCGACCUUAUCUACAAACAAAGUAAACAGUCUCAAAAAAUCACAGUUUCAUUGAAAAAUUAUUUCAUGAAGAUGUGUUGUAAAGUACAAGCUGUUGAUAUGACGAUAUCCAAAUUAGUAAUGUGCUCCACCUCCUCACCUCAAUUUGAUGUAAAAAUGGAUGCGAAAAUGUUCAUACCAUCGUCUGAAUUUAAGAAGCUACUUGUCAAGAUUAUUUCAGAACUUACUGUAUUCUGGAGGCCAGACGAUAUGACGAAACAGUGUCCAAGUAGCACAGAUACAUUACUUUGUAAAGAGAAUCAGACUGGAGAAACUUCAUCUCAUCCUAAAGCGCAAGAACAUAAAGCUUUCAUAGAUUCAACCCACAAAUGGACAGACUCAGCAGUCAAAACGCUCUCCUGCGAAUUAAAUAACCUGGACUUUGUCAAUCAAAAUGAAUUUAAAAUUGUGAACCGAUGUGAUUCUGAACGACAUACGGGAGUAAAACCAACUAUACCGAAGGAUGAAAUCGCUCUUCUGGUAGCUCAAAAAGACAAACCGUCUUCUCCUAUCGUACUUUCACACAAUGCUCGUUUGCGUCAGUCCCUAGUAGCUCGUCAGCUUCCAAGGCCAUUUAUGAGUAAAAUGAUCAGGUCAGCAUCUUGCUAUGGUGAAGAAGGUACAACAGGCUUGUUACAAGAACGAGAGACUGAAUAUGUGGACUUAAACAGUCAAAAUAUGGAACAAAGUAAGGUGGAACCUACGGUGCAGUUACAAAUUGAUAGUGAAUUCUCGUCUCCCAGUAAAGUAGAGUUGAUCGAUUCGAGAAUAAUGAAAAAAGAAAUUGAAAAUUCAAGUAGUCAAACUACAGAACGCUGUGAUUCAUCACAGGAUUUUUAUCAUCGUAAUUCAAUGCGCAAACCAACUACCAAAGUAGAUGUAUCACCUUUGAGAGAAAGAAUCGCACAGAAUCUCGCAUCAAAAAAGCUUUUGGUUAAAGUAGUCAAGGCAGAGGAACUUUCAGUGAAAAGCAUUUCUGGUGCUUACUGUGUCGUUGAAUUAGAUGAGCCAUAUCAGAGACAUUCAACUCAUUGUUCAAUGUCUGGACAGUUAUUCUGGGACCAACAUUUGCUUUUUGAUCUAAACAAUAAUUCCAAACGUAUCGCACUUGAAGUUUUUGAGUUGGGCAAGAGAAAAAAAUCAUAUUCAAGAGGUCGUGCAGAACUGUUAUUGGUACAUCUCCUAACUAACCCUAAUAGUGAUGGGGAUAAUGAAACAAAUCUUUGUAAUAUAAGUGAUACAAUCCGACGACGGAUACCUCUUAUCGAUCGAUCAGGUGUUUCAGUUGAAAGUGCAAGUACGUCUAAUACCAAUUCACCUGCACUUCAGUCUCCUGGUAUUGGGAACAGUCUUUCCGUAGCAACAAAUCAAAAUGUGUCUGCAAAUACAAGUAGUUCUGGGCAAUCAUUUGCAAAUGGCAUAAGCAGUAUUACAGCAGAGUUUAAUUUCAUGGAGAAAGCUACUGAAGAUUUCCGUCCUCGUCCAACUCCUAGUUCUUCACAAAUACAACGCGUUCCUACAUCGAAAGUUUCACAGUCUACUGGUACACAAAAUAUCAGCCAAGAACAUCAUUCAACAGAUCCCAGUGGUGCUUUUUCACAUUCCUCUUCAUUAGAAUUUUCAAAUAUUAAAACUACAUCUUCAGCACACAACAGAAUUGCUAUUGAACAUACUACUAUGCACUCUGUCACGGAACAUAUUCAAACAGAUUCUGGAGAAGAAGUUGAUAAUAAUUUCACGACUUCAAAAGAUAAGGAUUUUAUAAAAAGAUCAUUAAAAGACGGAAAUAAUGAGCUGAAAUUUUCUGCUUCACUAAGACCUGGGAAUACUUCUUCUCCUAUAUCUAGUCAGCGACAUGGUGAAUUAGUUCCUAUUCGUGGUGCAGAUGAAGAACAUGCUACUCUACCAUCUUCCCCGUUGAUUUAUGACACAACUAAACUAUCAGAAACUAGUUCUGAUGGUCAUGACUCAUUAUGUGAAGUAAAUGAACAGUUUAAAGAAUCCGUUUCUUCCAAUGACCCGCAUACACAUCAAGGACCUACUGAAUCAGACACUAAUACGAAAUCGCCAGUGAGUUGCAUCUCCAUGAUUAUAUUUUUAAAAUCUAUGAACAGUGGAAUGUUCAGCAUGUCUGAUUGAUUUCUGUCAGCGCAUGUAGUGCAGCAUGAUCAUGUGAGUAUUCAUUUUAAAUUAGUAGGCCAGGUUUUAUUUUGAUGUGGUUAUCUGAGCUGGAUGGUUAAUUUGCGAAGCUUUCAUCGCCCUACUAGGCGACAUCUUCAGCGCAUACUUCAAUUCAAUGAAGUGAGCUUUUAGAUUUCUCCACGAGUUUAUUAAUCAUCUCUCCUGGUCGGUGACCUUGGACGUGACUGGUUGUUUUUGUGUGUUUUCACACCUUUUAGGCUACUUGUAUUGGAACUGAUAGUUUCUUUGAAUUGAACUUUGAUCCUUUGUGUGUGAAGUUUCUUUCUUAUCGGUUGAUAAAUUUUGUCUGCCUCUAUGUGUCUAUUGAUUGAUGAUUCACUGGAAUGCCAAGCUUCUAAAAAUUCUCUAGCCUUCUUGUUGUUUCCUCUGUCUAGUAUUUGAACGUUGGUUGUCCCAGUCGAAUUGAUGUCCGUGGUUGUCUGUAUGUAGUGAUAUGAGGGAGUGGAUGUCAUGCUUUUGGCGGCUAGUUUAUAUUCAUGGACGCGAAGACGAAGGGGACAUUCACUUUGGCCAAUGUAGUGUUUUUCGCAGUUUUUACGGUCUAUUUUGUAGAUGAUGUUGGUUUUAUUUUCUUUCGCUGUUGAGUCUUUUGAUUGACAUAGAACUGACUGAAGUGACUUUGUUGGUUUGUGUAUGAUGUAUUCCUAAAGGUAUGAAGAGUCUUGAAGAGAUUUCUGAGAUGUCCUUUAUAUAUGGUGGGGCGAUUUUCUUUAUGCUUUUCUUAGGCACCUUUGAUUUGAUAGGUUGGCUUGGAGGUAUAUGUCUUUUGAUGAAAUUUCGUGUAUAUCCAUUCUUUUGGAAGACGUCCAUGAGAUAUCUUUCUUCAAUUGGAGUGCUGCAAUGAGUCCUUGCCCUCUUGAAUAGUGUUUGUACGCAAUUCCUUUUGUGUGUUAUUGGGUUGGUGCUGUUGUAAUUCAGGAUUUAGUCUGUGUGAACUGAUUUUCUGUAAACUUGAAUUUCUAAUUCCCCUGUGGUUGUUCGCUUGACUAAUACGUCCAAAAAUUUUAUUUAUUUAUUUAAUGUAGGCUUGCUUGCAGUUCUUCAUAUUGUAGUCAUAAUAAUAUAUUCAUCUGAAUACCAUCCAAGUAAUCUAACUUAGGAAACUAGUAUUCUUGUGAGGCUUUCUUCAGAAAAUAAAAAAGACAAGCUACCAUAUUUGUAUUUUUGAAUUAGGUGUAAGAGCACUAACGUCAUGUAAGGAAGUCAUUCACAUAUACAGCUUUCUGCCACCAUAAAAGAGAUUUGAAACCAUGAGAUUUUCCGUAGGUCUACCUACUUGUGAUUCAGUCAUACUGAGUGGAUUAAAUGCCGUGCUGAGACGUAGAGGGAUAAGUGGAAUAGUGACUGAAUUGGUUAAUAAACUGAUGACGUGGCUGAAAGACACGUAGUGAACAUUUAAAAAACCCACCAUUUUAGUGGGAGAUAAGCGUUACUUGAAAAAACUAAGUUGUUAUGUUGGAAUUUCUGCACCCUGUGAUUACUACAGAACAGCAAAUAAUGCUACCAUUUAGAAAUUUCUGUCGAUUAGAUCUUAACGAAAUAGGAUUCUAACUCAAAUGCAUGCAUAAGCUAACAACACACAUGUACUGAUUUUGAAAGAUUAAGCUACGAGAUAUGUAAUCUGCCCGAGUAAGUAACUUGUAUUGAUUGUCUUAGCCCAUGAAAAGCAGCGAUGACCAAUAGUUUAAGGCCUUCAAUACUAAACUAAUACACUAAGGGUAUAAAACUAGUCUCACUAAACAAAUAUUUUUCAGACCAGCUUAAGCUGGUGAACUUUUAUAGUGGAACAGUUGAAAUACAACCAUCAAGUCACUCCUUCUUUUGAUAAGUUAUCUAAGUUAGGUUUGUCUGCAUAGUCUACCAUCCUAGUUUUAUCACUAAUGAAUGGAACAACAUCCUUAUUGAAAUCUCAUGAGAUAAAUUCUACAGACGUUGUUAUUCAUAGCACCUGCUGAUUCUCUCAUGUUAAGAAGAAAAAAAAAUAUCCUGUUAUUAUAACCGUAACAAGUCUGUAUGAUGACUGUAGAAAUAUUACUUCGAUUACUUUACUACUAUUACAACUUUACUACUUUGAUGAAAGCCAACAUAUGUUAUGAAGGCUGUCAUCUUGUGUCGUUUCAUUUCUGCAUCCUACGUACUUCCUUUUUUUUAUUUGUUUUUACCUCUGUACUUCAUAAGUUUGUUAUAUCCCCCUGGUACACCGAAAAGCCUUUCAAAUUUUUUUUUCUUUCUUUAUGAACAUUUAUCUCUUUAUAGUUCUUUUUCAUUGAAAUGCUGCUUAUUCAAAGCUUCUUCAAAAAUCUCUACACUCCUUUCCUUAUUACAAAUGAUGAUGGAUAAUGCUUUUUGAUUUUCUCCAAAUUUCCAAAUUUGCCUUAUACAUAUACAUAUAAAUGGUAGAUUAAACGCUUACAAUAUGGUUAAGACUAUUUUCCCCUACUUGACGAAUAAUAUUGAUCAAUUUGAUGAAUUUGGCCUCUUCUGCUUUCACCUUCUGUUUUUAAUCAUGUAGACACAAAAGCAUUUGUGUGUGUGUGCGUAGGUGUGUGCAUUUAACGUUUUUGCUUGUGCGAACAUAUUGAUAUAUAUUUACAUGAAGCACAUAGAAUAGCUGGCAUAUUAAAUGCUUUUUUCUUUUCCUUCUUCUUCUUCUGCUUUAAGGUUGAUUCUAGGAUUGUACAUUCUAAAGUGUUUUCCUUCUCCUAUAUAUAGCAUAUGGGCUUGUAUAUGUAUACAUGUUAUGUAUGUAUGUAUGUAUGUGUGUAUGUAUGUGUGUAUGUAUGUAUGUAUGUAUGCAUAUAUGUAUAUAUGUGUUCAUUCGGUUUGUGCUGCAUUUCCUUAUCGAUCCAUGUUAGCUUUAUAAGCUUUUAUCAUACAAUACAGUGCAUGCAGCUGUUGAAGAACAGUUAAAUAAAAAAAGCAACAAUAGUGCAUAUUCUAUUCUAUUCUAUUCUAAGGAGGUGUUAAUACUGAUAAUAUUGAAUGGAUAUCAUUAUCAUAUGGAGAUAGCAAUUCUAAUGCAUACAUUAUCUAGUGCAAGAUAAGUAAAGGGAAUUUAGUUUUAUUAUUAUUGUCAUACGCAUAAGGAGGAUAAUUUUCACUAUCAUUUAACUUCUGACACUUUUCUUUUUUCAUAUUUUAAAUCUUUGAUAUAUAUUUUUUUAUUCACACUAUUUCCCCUCUGUAUAUACAUAAACUUAUGUUGAAAAAAAACCGAUAAAAAAAAGAUCAAAAGGAAGCAAAACAGUAUAUAACUAUAUUAAUUUC